AUGAGAACCUCGUUCUCGUCCAUUCUUUUCAGCCUCUGGCUUCUUUGCCUUGGCGUGCUCGCACAUGACGAGUCAUGCGGUUGCACUGUCAAGUACAUUGUUGUUGAGAUGCCUAGUCAGACAGUCGCUGCUCAGACCAAGCCUCCGACAAUUACUUCUGUGCAAACCAAGCCCACCAACAUCCGAUCUAAGCCCAACCAGACGACUGUUCGCGCAUCUUCAACUUCGGCUCACCACAACACCACGGCGACUUUCCUUCCCAAGCCCCCCGCAAAAGUCGACUUGAGCAACCCCGAAAAUGCGGUUCCCAAGAAGAACAUCUCCAUGUCUUACGGCGAUGUUGAGAAGCCCCGCAACCAGACCUUCCCUACGCUCAACACAACUGCUCCUAAGGGAGCCAUCGACAUGGACCUUGUCAUGAACCACCCAGCUGUUGUUCUGGAUCACAUUGACGCUAUUGUCUCGGUCGAGUGUACAGCCGAUUCCGUCAAGGUCCAGUUCGGAAAGUCUGCUGCCUAUGAGAAGGCCAUCGAUACUUGGUCAGACGAUGAACCUUUCAUUCUUAUCACGAACAACUUGGGCAAUUGCAAGACCGACAUUGGCCAAGCUUUCUACCUUGUUGAUGGCGUUACUACAGAUAAGGGUGAUAAGACCAUCACUUGCCAUGCCGCUGAGCAAGAGCUGGCUGACAUUGCUGAAACCUGUGAAAUGUCAUUCACCUCCAUCCCCGCCACCAAGUUGACGAAGCGCCUCACACUGAACCCCAGUCUUUCUCUCAACUUCGGUACUGGCCUUGAGAGAGACACUGUUCUUUUCCAGGAACAGCCAUGGGUGACCAUCAAGGCCGAAAAGGCAGAGUUCUCUUCCACUGUCUCCUUCUCUGGCCGCGCCAAGUACAACUUCUGGCGCUUCAAAAUGGAAGAUCUCUAUUUCGAUCUUAAUACCCAUUUCUCAGCCGAUGUCGCUUUGGCCGCCGAUGUAGCCGCAGCUUGGUCUCGAUCUAUCCUUUACGACCCCGAUACCCUCACAUACACACUCGUCGAAGUUCCUGGUAUCCUCUCUCUCGGACCAGGCCUGUCUUUCGCGGUUGGAGUUGAUGUUGAUACCUCAGCCGCCGUUGCCGUAAGAGCUGGCGCCGGUAUUGCUAUCCCUGCCGCCAACGUCCAUCUCGAUUUUCUCGACUCGGGCAAGAAUGCUGCUACUGGCUGGGAGCCUCAGUAUACUUCGUACGCCAACAUUACCGAGAGCGUUGAGGUUGGCUUGAACGCUAGUGCAUCGCUGACUGUUCAGCUCACUUUCAAGCUUCUCGGAGGCCUGGUCGAUCUCAGCAGCGGACUCACAGCCACUCCCGAAUUUGUGAACAAGUUCACUCUGGAUGCUGCACAGUCGGCUCAUGCUUCGAACGAUGGUGCUGGAGUGAACCUUUUGGACGCCGAAAAGGUUGCCCCAGCUACGACAACUGGCUCAGAACUUGCUGUCGCAAAUGAGUCCAAGGAUUGUGGUGUUUCUCUCAAGUCCGACUUCAUUUUUGAUCUGGAGGGCUUUGCGACAAAGUGGUGGAAGGCUAAUCUCUAUCACGUUGAGGUCCCCAUUACAGAUCUGAAGUCAUUGUUAAAUGUUAAGCAUGGCGAGCCUUAUAUGGCCCGUCACCCCGCCAAUGCCGUCACUGUUAACCGAUGCGACGUCGAAGGAGAUAUCUUGUCGAAAUUAUCUAUGAAUCCCAUAGAUGUGGCACAGUCUGGAAACACAGCAUACACUGUUAAAACAGCAACAGCUUAUGCCUACGAUGCCAAAACCAAGAUGUUGGUUCAAGAGUAUCUUCCCAACGUCGUAGAUCUUAAGACCUACUCUCUGAACCACUUCGCAUCUCCGACACCUGAGCACUUACGCAAACCAGCCCAUGAACUGGGCAAAGUGCUGGCGAUGUACAUGGUUAAAUUUCAUGACAUGACCAGAGAAAUUGUGCAGGAUUCGCUUGAACAGAAGCAGACCCAACAUCUAUCAGGUUUCAAGAGAGUUAUUGAUACCAGCAAUGAAAUGCAGAGGCUGAAACAUUGUAUCAAUUUUGAUGGGUUGAUCGAUCGUGUCGACCAGUUCCCUGGGAUUUUGUUGGAAGCAAAGGAUACACUUCGUCUCGUCAAAAACAUGGCACUGCAUGAGUUGAGCGACCCGUCGGCAGACUUGACACUGAUUCAUGGCGACUAUCACACGCAGAACAUCCUACUGGAAGAUGACAAUCUUGAACCGAAAAGUCUCAGAACCUUGUACGUUAUCGACUGGGAAAAUUCACAAGUUGGUGUUCCAAGCCUCGAUCACGGCGGCAUGCUGGGCGAGAUGUAUGUACUGUGGAAAUACAAACGCAUCGACGCUGGGCUAUGGAUGCUUCAAGGUUACGCCGAGGGGUUGGGGCCUCGGACUGAGGAUGCUACAUGGCGAGUGGCCCUUCAAGUAGGGGUACAUCUUUUGAGUUUUGGUACGUUGUCAACGGGCUGGGGUACGACUGAGGAAGUGGAAGAUAUGGCUCGUCUGGCAAGAGAUGUGAUUGUCAAGGCUUGGACCAGAGAUAGAAGUUGGUUUGACAAGAGCGAUUUUGCCUGCUUGUUUGCAGCUACUCUUCAGGAUUGA